UCGGAACUAGAAGCACAAGCAUUUUACUACACAUCUGCUAACCAUGUGUAUGUGACCAAUAAGAUUUGAUUUGUUUCCCAAACUCGGGUCCUGGGGCCCUGUUACACUUAUUUUAUUUUUGCUUGAGCAAUACACAGCUAAUUCAAAUAACCAACAUUAAGUUGACCUGGGGGUCGGGAACGAGUUUGGGAAACUCAUUUUCUAGUGGAUGUAUAAUAUGGUUCUUUCAGGAUGGUAUACCAUAUAUCAGUGGUUCUCAAACCUCUCCUCAGGGAUCCCCAGACGUUUCACAAUUUUGCUGUAGCCCUGAAUUGGCCCAACUAACUCGCCUAGUCAAGAGCUUGAUAAUGACUUGAGAAGUAGAAUUAGGUGCGAUAGCUCCGGAAUAGAUCAAAUACAUGGAACGGCUGGGGGUCCCCGAGGAGAGGGUUCAGAAUCACUGCCAUAUAUCACCGGCAGAUGGCACUCGUAGUUUGAAUGAAGAACCACAAAAGCCCGUGGACCACAAGUCAGGCGCGCCGCUGCGCUCAAACAAGCGCGGAGGAUAAUUUCCUAUGCGCGUCCUGACGUGCUGUUGGCGCUUGCUAGACUGGGGAAGCGCAGCCAGCGACUGGGAGAAGUCUUUAUAGCAGUAGCAGCUAUAGACGAGCUCUUUAUCUAAAGCUCACUCACUCCGUACAGAUAAAAGGGACCAUGAAGACAGACGUCUGGAGUUAUAGUUUUGCUGACAGCAUACAGCCCCACCGACAGCUUCCACACACGGACGACUGAAUGACGAACCAGGAUGGCCGGAGGAAGGAGAGGACUUGUAGCCCCUCAAAACACUUUUUUAGAAAAUAUUGUCAGACGAUCUAACGAUACCAAUUUUGUUCUUGGGAAUGCUCAGAUCGUGGACUGGCCCAUCGUCUAUAGCAACGAUGGCUUCUGCAAGCUGUCGGGGUACCACAGGGCAGAAGUCAUGCAGAAGAGCAGCACAUGCAGCUUCAUGUACGGGGAGCUCACAGACAAAGAUACUAGCCAGAAAGUACGGCUAACGUUUGAAAACUACGAGAUGAAUUCGUUUGAAAUACUCAUGUAUAAAAAGAACAGAACGCCGGUAUGGUUCUUCGUGAAGAUAGCCCCUAUACGAAACGAACAGGAAAAAGUGGUGCUGUUUCUGUGCACCUUCAGUGACAUCACAGCCUUUAAACAGCCAAUAGAAGAUGAAACCUCGAAAGGUUGGGGGAAGUUCGCUCGGCUAACUCGUGCUCUGACCAGCAGUAGAGGAGUGUUACAGCAGCUACAGCCUACUGUACACAAGGGAGAGAACGUCCACAAGCACUCCCGCCUAGCUGAGGUCCUCCAGCUAGGCUCAGACAUCCUCCCCCAGUACAAGCAGGAGACUCCCAAGACGCCGCCCCACAUCAUCCUCCACUACUGCGCCUUCAAGACCACCUGGGACUGGGUCAUCCUCAUCCUGACUUUCUACACCGCCAUCAUGGUUCCUUACAAUGUCUCCUUCAAGACCAAGCAGAACAACGUGACGUGGUUGGUGGUGGACAGCAUUGUAGACGUUAUCUUCCUGGUGGACAUCGUGCUCAACUUCCACACUACCUUUGUGGGCCCGGCCGGAGAGGUCAUCUCUGACCCCAAGCUCAUCAGGAUGAACUACCUGAAGACCUGGUUCGUCAUCGACCUGCUCUCCUGCCUGCCUUACGACGUCAUCAACGCAUUUGAGAAUGUGGACGAGGGGAUCAGCAGUCUGUUCAGUUCUCUGAAGGUGGUCCGGCUGCUGCGCUUGGGCAGGGUAGCUCGUAAACUGGACCACUACAUUGAGUAUGGAGCCGCCGUCCUCGUCCUGUUGGUGUGUGUCUUUGGCCUGGCUGCCCACUGGCUGGCCUGCAUCUGGUACAGUAUUGGUGACUAUGAGGUGAUAGACGAGGAAACGGGCAUCCUGCGGACAGACAGCUGGCUGUACAUGCUGGGGGAGACGGUGGGCUCUCCAUACCGCUUCAACGCCAGCGGGACAGGGAAGUGGGAGGGCGGCCCCAACAAAGACUCGGUCUACAUCACAUCUCUAUACUUCACCAUGACCUCUCUGACCAGUAUAGGGUUUGGAAACAUCGCCCCUACCACCGAUGGAGAGAAGAUCUUCGCUGUCGCCAUGAUGAUGAUCGGAUCCCUUCUUUAUGCCACCAUCUUCGGUAACGUCACCACCAUCUUCCAGCAGAUGUACGCCAACACCAACCGCUACCACGAGAUGCUGAACAGCGUCCGUGACUUCCUCAAGCUCUACCAGGUGCCCAAGGGGCUGAGCGAGAGGGUCAUGGAUUACAUCGCCUCCACCUGGUCCAUGUCCCGGGGCAUAGAUACUGAAAAGGUAUUGCAGAUAUGCCCUAAGGACAUGAGGGCAGAUAUCUGCGUCCACCUCAACAGGAAAGUCUUCAAAGAACACCCUGCGUUCAGGUUGGCCAGUGACGGGUGCCUGCGUGCCCUGGCCAUGGAGUUCCAGACUAUCCACUGUGCCCCUGGCGACCUCAUCUACCAUGCCGGGGAGAGUGUUGACAGCCUCUGUUUCGUGGUGUCAGGGUCCCUGGAGGUCAUCCAAGAUGAUGAGGUGGUGGCCAUCUUGGGUAAGGGGGACGUGUUUGGGGAUGUGUUCUGGAAGGAGGUGACCCUAGCCCAGGCGUGUGCCAACGUGCGUGCCCUGACCUACUGUGACCUCCACGUCAUCAAACGAGACGCCCUGCAGAAGGUUCUGGAGUUCUACACAGCCUUCUCUAACCACUUCUCACGGAACCUGCUGCUCACUUACAACCUGCGGAAGAGGAUUGUGUUCAGAAAGAUCAGCGAUGUGAAACGAGAGGAGGAGGAGCGCCUGAGACGAAAGAAUGAGGCGCCCCUCAACCUCCCGCCGGACCAUCCGGUCCGUCGGCUCUUCCAGCGGUUCCGGCAGCAGAAGGAGGCCCGUGUACAUCAGGAGCGGGCUGACCCAUCCGAUGACCUGGAGAGAGGCCAGACCGUUUAUGUUGAGCCCAUUCCCAUCCAUGAAAUCAUCACCACCACCAGCAUUGUCACCGUCACCGAAAGUCCAGCCACGCCCAUUCCUUCAAUCUCCAUCUUGGCGUCCACAACCUCCGGCCCCUCAGAAAAAGCCCAGCUCCAGGCCCCGUCUCUCCAAUUGUCAGAGCCAGCCAAGGUCAAAGGCUGGGGUCGCUUCAAGGAGUCCAACUGGAACAAGGUGUCCAAAGCCGAGUCCAUGGAGACGCUACCCGAACGGACCAAGGCAGGGGCAGCCCACGAGUCCCAGACCUCGCUCAAGAAAACCGGCUCGUGCGACAGCGGCAUUACCAAGAGUGAUCUGCGCCUGGACAACGUGGGGGACGGCGCCCGAACCACGGGCAACACGCCACAGGACCGCAGCCCUGUGGUACCCCCUGAGGUGGCCAAGCAGCACGCCUUCUACCCUAUCCCAGAGCAGACUCUCCAUGCUUCCCUCCUGGAGCUCAAGCUGGAGCUCAAAGAAGACUUGAAGGCCUUGAACACCCGCAUGGCCGGCCUGGAGACUCAGCUAGCAGAGGCUCUGAAGCUCCUCAAGGCUCAAAGGAGAGCUCCCAGCUCCCCCAAGCCUCUCUUUGAGAUCUCCAGACCCACCUCGCCAGACUCGGACAAGGAGGACAUAUUUUCGUAGAAGCAGAGGGGCUUAUGUUGAGUGUGUGAAGAUGGUUAACAGAUUCAGAAAAUCUUUAUUGUCCCAAUGCUGGGCAAUUUAGUCAUAGGGUCAGAGAUGUUGCAAGUUGUUGGCGUGUCUCAGCUGAGGCCAUUGCUUAGCCCUCACCUUGCUGAUGCCUGUGAAGAGCAGCAGAUGAUGACGCUACGAUGCUGUUGAUUUUAAGAGAACCUGGUGGUUUUACCCCUGUGGGCCAUGGAACCUUGGAGUUGAGCCUGUUGGUCACUUUGAAGAUUCUGGGGUGAGUGUGGUGAAAGGGUUUCAAGGCACAGUGCAGUGACCUUAAGACCACCAUGGGUUUGGCUACCCUCUGUGACCUACAGACACAGGUUCACACCUAUACUCCUGUACGCUUGUGUUGUGCUAGUCUGCUCGCGCACAUCUGCUGUAUAUUUUGGUAGAGACUUUAUUUUUUUUACCAGUCUAUGGAGUAAGAGCAGAGCAGCGAUGAAUGUUGUAUUGUUCACCUUCAUUAUCCUUGUAGAUCUCCAGUGGGAUCACUAUCUAUCAGUGGUUCUCAGAUGAUCUAUAAGGGGUGAAUACAUAUUUUACUUUCUUUGUGCCACCAGUGUACAAUAGAUUCUGUAUGUAUUCACAAUGUCAUUCUAUCACCCUGUAAUACUUUACAAGACUUUCUGGAUACACUAUAUAUAUAUAUAAAAGUAUGUGGACACCCUUUCAAAUGAGUGGAUUCGGCUAUUUCAGCCACACCCGUUGCUAACAAGUGUAUAAAAUUGAGCACACAGCCAUGCAAUCUCCCUAGACAAACACUGGCAGUAGAAUGGUCUUACUGAAGAGCUCAGUAACUUUCAACGUGGCACUGUCAUAGCAUGCCACUUUUCAAACAAGUCAGUUAAUCAAAUUUCUGCCCUGCCCUGGUCAACUGUAAGGGCUGUUUUUCAUGGUUUGAGCUAGGCUCCUUAGUUCCAGUGAAGGGAAAUCUUAACUCUACAGCAUACGAUGACAUUCUAGAUGAUUCUGUGCUUUCAACUUUGUGGCAAUAGUUUGAGGAAGGCCCUUUCCUGUUUCAACAUGACAAUGCCCCCGUGCACAAUGCGAGGUCCAUACAGAAACGGAUGCCGAGAUCGGUGUGGAAGAACUCGACUGGCCUGCACAGAGCCCUGACAUCAACCCCGUCAAACUCCUUUGGGAUGAAAUGGAAUGCUAACUGCGAGCCAGGCCUAAUCACCCAACAUCAGUGCCCGACCUCACUAAUGCUCUUGUGGCUGAAUGGCAGCAAGUCCCUGCAGCAAUGUUCCAACAUCUAGUGGAAAGCCUUUCCAGAAGAGUGGAGGCUGUAAUAGCAGCGAAGGGGGGACCAACUCCAUAUUAAUGCCCAUGAUUUUGGAAUGUGAUGUUCUGCGAGCAGGUGUCCACAUACUUUUGGUCAUGUUGUGUACCUCGGGGGGGGUUGCCUUUAUAAAUGCAAAAAGGCUAUACAUGCAUUCAAAACAGGUGGUACUGCACACUGAGCUUUGUACUUGCUAUAAAUCAUCCAACCCCCUUUCAGACUGACCAACCAUCACCGUAUGUCUUAGCAGUUCUCUAUUCAAUAUGAUAUCCAUAGCCAAGUAACCAACAUCCAACCACCUUUUGUUGACUGCUUGGUCAGUGUUCUUGGCCGAUGGUUCCAGUGCUGGGAAUGUCUCUGAACUGUUUCAGUUGCACUAACAACACUCCACCUCGCCAUGUUGAGCUGUUUGCAUGUGGAGGAGGUUGCUUUAUUUAGCUGAUUCUUAGUUUUUUUUGUUCAUCUAACCGAUGGCAUUUGUAACUGUGUCUUCCUACAAAAAAAUACUUCACUGCAAAGCAUGACUUGCUGCAUGACUCGCAUUGUUAAACAUACAUUCAUUUCAGUACUGUUUGGCCCUGCAGCUUGCCGUAGGCUAGCUUACUGUAUAGUACUGUGAACUCCAUUGCUGAAUAUCAAAGGCAGACAUAACUUUGAGGCCUGUGAAUUAGUAACCAAUGUAAAUGUUUUAAAUAGGUACACAGGACAUGAUUACACGGGACAUGCACAGAUACAUAGGACAUGUAGAUGACCUUCUGUCACUAAUUGGAAACUAGCAGUGCCAAAGUUCUCAACCACUGUGUUCACAUCUUCAGUGAGUUUAACAUAACUAAUCACAUCCUAGCAGUGUCAUCUUAAUAUACAGUUUGAUGAUGAUGAUGAUCUUGCUGUUAACUGCUGCCAGAGUUCCACCUGUGACUAUAUGGGACUAACUGGCAUUCGUGCCCAGUCUCUUGCAUGCAACAAGACAGUGUUAGCCUGUAUUCAAGCCUCGGCAUUAGUUUGGGUAGCUAACGUGAAUCUUCAGGUCUCUGGCAAGGUUACCAAUCCUGUGAGUUGGGUUCAAUAAACCAGCUUCAGUACAUUUAUAUGUAGUUCAUUAUCAGUCUUAAGGGAGGUCUCCACGGUUCAGUGUUCCCAUUGGGCUACAUAACGCUACAUAAUGGCUACAUUGGGGUACAUAAUGGCUGCAUUGUGCUACAAAUUCCGCAGAUGGCUACAAACAUAGACAGCUGCAACACUGCACUCAAUUAAUUAUGUAGUAAAAGAGCAAAAAAUCAUAUCUCUGCUGUAACUGCCUGCGAUUACAAUGCGUGAACAAAAUCCAACCCAUAUCGUGAUCGUAUUACAUUAGGCUACAUUUUGAGGAUUUGUUCAUGCUGGAACCUGAAGGAAACUACGACUUAUGAAUGUUACCACGUUUAUCUUUCACCAUACACAACAUGGAAUGUGGAGGGUCUUCACUUACAGACAAUAUUAGCAAUAAUUAUGAAUAGUAUAAUUCCGAUCCUGGACAGAUAUUAAUUGUAGUCAACAGAAGCACACUACGUAAAGCCAAUAUGUAUAGUGCUUUAUGACUUGUCAUAUGCAUAUAUGACCCUUCAAAAUGUGUUGUUAUAGGCUAUGUUAUGCAUUUAUAUAAAGCAUUUCUUUCUGAAAAUAGUUGUUAUGUAUUAAGGAUCACUAUGAGAUAAGACAUUGCAAGGAUCAUAUGCAUAUUGCAAGUCUUAUAAUGCAUUAUAACAACAUCAUGCAUUAUCCGUGUUGGCGUUAAGUAAAGUGGUACCCUGUAACCUAUACAGUUAUGAUUGUUUACUGCUGACCCGAAUGACCCCUAUUGGUGUCAAUGUGUUACUAUUUUCUAGUAAAUUGGAAACAAAAUGCACACACUUUACUUAAACAUACCUUAACUUUGGCCUAGAUUCACGGUCUCCAUGAUACAGAGAAGUGAACAUGAAGAGAGGAUAGCUUGUUUAUUUUUGAACACAUUUAGCUUGACAUACGGUAUAGUAAUGUUUAAUGGGCCAAUGCCUGAGUAAGGGGGUGUUGUUUGAACGAGAAAAAUGAGGCUGUACUCUAUGCAUUAUAAUGCUCAAAUGUUUCUAAAUAUUAUAGCAUGCUUUUGUUAAGUGUCCCAAUAUGGCCACCAUGGGCAACUACAACAAUGAUGUCAUUUGGUUGGUGCAUAUUGAUGUAAUGUAACUUUAUUCUUCAAUAUGUUUCCAUCUGAAAUCACAUCAUCAAAUGUACAUCAAUAAUGCAUUUACCACACUUAUAUGGAAACUUGAUGUACAUUCUCAUGCCAGCUGCUUGAUGCAUGUGUGCAAUAUUUGAUGCUAAACUUUUAGAAGUAUUUAUUCUUGGCUUAGUGCGUUCGCCUGCAUUAAUGGGUGAUCCCUAUGUGUUGGGUUUUAUUACUGUGAUGACAUCACAGAGGGGAAGGGUUGUUUAGAACAUCAAUUGAUAGAGAGCUCUGAUGGAUAGCAUCACGAUUCGAUUGUGGGUAAUCUGGGGCUCUCCUAGGUUCCUCCCCCUUAUCUACAUUGAUUGGAAAGACAGUUAAAACCUUAUGGUGGACGCUGGUCAUUAGGCUAGCUUUAACCUGGUCACUUCUUUCAGAUCAGUGUAAUAAACUAGAGGAAGCUAUGAGAGAACUGACAUUUUAGACAAUUGAGAAAGAGCCUACCAGCUAUUCAGUUAGUGCUUGUCUGCCUCCUUGUCUGCGUCCCAAAUCGCACCCUAUUUUCUAUAUAGGACACUACUUUUGAACAGGUCACCUGGUCAAAAUAAGUCCACUAUAUAGGGAAUAGGGUGCGAUUUGGGAUGCAAACUUCCAUGCAUGAGCCUGGUCAGUAAAACCUGAUCAUCACCAACACCUUGUUUAACGGCCCAGACUCCCUGAGCACCAAAAAAACCCUUAAACUUGAUUCUCUGUUGCACUCCUUAAAACAUGUGAGCAUGAUUACUUCAGACCAGUUUAAACAACAUUAAACUAUUUUUGUGGUCAGCUCAGGGUUGCUGCCUAGUGGCACUAUGUAUGUACAUACUACUUUGGAAUGUCAUAGCGAGAGAGAGAGAGAGAGAGAGAGAGAGAGAGAGAGAGAGAGAGAAUAUUGGUUACACUUUACUUUAAGGGUACCAACAGUAUAUAAGGACUUUAACACAAUCAUAAUGAACAUAUUUUUUGACCUACUGUAGUUGUCAUAAGCAUUUAGUAAAGGUACUGUAUAUGUGCUGUAUAUGGGUUAUACAUAUGUUAUGAAGUGCUUAUGUAGAUACCCUUCAAGUAAAGUGUUACUAAAAUAUCAAACAUUAAUAUAAAUAUAUCAUGAGGACAGUAAUGUCACGAUACUCAUACGUUCCCUGUAAUGAUACUGUACAUGUAAUUAUUGUAAGCACAAAUGAGAGUAUUUGUAAUGAUAUGUAAAAUACUAUUUAUAAUAAA